GCAAAAUAUUGCGAUUGUUCCGUUUUGUUUCAUUUCGUCGCGUUUGUGUUGUGUAAAAAGGAAAAUUAACAACAAUUGCUUGUGAAAACAUAUCGUUCCCCACACGUUUCAUCACCGGUGCACGAUGCAGAAGUACGAAAAGCUGGAGAAAAUCGGCGAAGGCACCUACGGCACCGUAUUUAAGGGCAAAAACCGGGACACACUCGAGAUAGUGGCGCUGAAACGAGUCCGGCUCGACGAGGACGACGAGGGUGUACCGAGUUCGGCGCUGCGAGAAAUCUGCCUGCUGAAAGAGCUGAAGCAUAAAAACAUUGUCCGCCUGUACGAUGUGCUGCAUUCCGAUAAGAAGCUUACGCUAGUCUUCGAACACUGUGAUCAGGAUCUGAAAAAGUACUUCGACAGUUUGAACGGCGAGAUCGACCCGGACGUUGUGAAAAGCUUCAUGUACCAGCUACUCCGUGGGCUCGCCUUUUGCCACAGCCACAACGUUCUGCACCGGGAUCUGAAGCCACAGAAUUUGCUGAUCAACAAGAACGGGGAACUGAAGCUGGCCGAUUUCGGGCUGGCCCGUGCAUUCGGCAUCCCGGUGAAGUGCUACUCGGCCGAGGUGGUUACGCUAUGGUACCGUCCACCGGAUGUUCUCUUCGGUGCCAAACUGUACACGACUAGCAUUGAUAUGUGGUCGGCCGGGUGUAUCUUUGCCGAGCUGGCCAAUGCUGGGCGGCCACUUUUCCCCGGCUCGGACGUGGACGAUCAGCUGAAGCGGAUAUUUAAGCUGCUCGGAACACCCACGGAGGACACUUGGCCAGGAAUAACGCAGCUAUCGGACUAUAAACCGUUUCCUUUGUAUCCUCCAACAACAUCCUGGAGCCAGGUGGUGCCACGAUUAAACUCCAAGGGUCGCGACCUACUGCAGAAACUGCUCGUCUGCCGUCCACUGUUGAGACUAAGCGCCGAACAGGCGAUGGGACAUCCGUACUUUACCGAAAACUGAAAGCGGUUCUAGCAGUUAAGGGCGUUGCUGACGACCAAAGCACACCCCGGAGCGCCACCAGCCGCCACCGCUGCUGACCCCAUUCCUCAAAAGCCUCCCCAAAUGCCUCCGGCAUGCGAACGUGUGACCAAACGGGACAAUUCGGAACGGAGCAGCUCGACCGUGGUUCUCACCUCUACGCCACUGGACACAAUCAACGAGUGAACAAUGUCGAUAUAUCGCAACCAAUUUCUAGUCGGGAACUUACUCGUGCACGUGUUGAAUGUGGUUUGUCCAUUCGGCGCUAACUAUUCUAAUGUGAUUUCGUUCUUUAAAUCAUACGAACCAAACUUUUCCCCCAAUUUUGCAUCGAAGUAGACGUAUAUUUUGUUUGAGAGUUUUUUUUCUUCAUUCGAAGAACAUACGGUAGGAUAAACGUGUGCAUUUAGUUGUCCGAUCAGCGAGCAGGAUGUGUUUCCAAAACGAAGGUUCUCAUAGGGAUAGCGACAUAAAAAUUUAAUUUAUCGUAAAAAGAUUUGAUAAUGAUUUCGUUAUCAUCUUACCGUCGACCUGAUCAUCAUUCCUCGUAAUGUGAUGAUAGGAUUUCGUACUGAUUUAUUUUCUUUUCUUUUUAUUGUUUUGUUACUGAAUUUUAAUGAAAAAAAAUAACCUAGUUUGAAGUAAAGCGAACAAAUGAAAAUGGUUAGGGACAGGGAACAAGGGUAAUACCCUUAGCUCAGAUUUACCGCCAGUUGAUGUAAUAACUACUGCAAUCUAAUGCCAUUUAUAUGUAAAAACUAUACGAAUAAAAUCACUCAUAGUUUCGGUAGUAAAAUGAUUCUCAAAUUUCGUUCAUCCGAACGAGAGCAAUUCCUUAAACAUUGUGUACGACACGGAUUUUUUUUUCUUAUGACUUUAGUGGCUAAAACGCAUUUAUUUCUCCGAUUUUUACAUCACACAUAAAAUUACAUACACAUUAAGUUAAAUAUAUGUUUGGUUUACCUUUUUUGUGUUUAGCUUUCCCAUUUCCAGCCAGUUUCCAGUGCUGUCCUUUUCAUUCAUC